GGUGAUUGUUCGUAGUGAAGUAUUUUGUUUCAAAUAUAAACGAAACUAUCUUCGUCACCAUGGACGAAGACAAUGCUGGAGAUGAUAAAGAUGACUCUAAAAGGAGAACACGAAAUUUAAGUGAGAAAAAGAGAAGAGACCAGUUCAAUAUGUUGGUUAAUGAAUUGAGCACUAUGGUCUCCACAAAUAAUAAGAAAAUGGACAAAUCGACAGUCUUAAAAGCUACAAUAUCUUUUCUGCGGAAUCAUAAUGAAAUAACAGUUAGGUCAAGAGCUCAUGACGUACAUGAAGAUUGGAAACCAACUUUUCUGUCAAAUGAAGAGUUCACAUAUCUGAUAUUAGAAGCACUUGAAGGAUUUGUGAUGGUUUUUUCUGCAAACGGUAGAAUUUAUUACGUGUCAGAAAGCAUUUCAUCACUUUUGGGCCAUAAUCCGGCUAUGCUGGUUAAUCAAAGUAUUUUUGAUCUGGCUUUUGAACAUGAUCGUCCAAGCUUGUAUAGUCUCCUACAAAAUCCUGGCGUGUCAACAGUGGACUCAGUGCAGUCUACCUCUAAAGAAAAUGAAAUAAGAUUUCAAUGUCAUCUGAGAAGAGGCUCUUUAGAUUUUCGAGAUGAGACCACCUAUGAACUUGUACAGUUCAUUGGGCAUUUUCGUACAAAUAUGGAACAAGUAGACAGCGAUGAUAAUAUGUCGGCGUAUCAUCAAGAUCACGAAUCACGAUUGCUCUUCAUGUGUACUGGGCGCCUGUAUACACCUCAAUUGAUACGUGACGUGUCUCUGGUUGAUUCAAAUCAUAGCGAAUUUACAUCGCGGCAUAGUCUGGAGUGGAAAUUUCUUUUCCUAGAUCAUCGCGCGCCGCCUAUUAUAGGUUACUUGCCUUUUGAAGUAUUGGGCACAUCCGGUUACGAUUAUUAUCAUUUCGAUGAUCUAGAAAAAGUCGUUACUUGUCACGAAGCAUUGAUGCAGAAAGGUGAACUGACGUCAUGCUAUUAUCGGUUCUUGACAAAGGGACAGCAGUGGAUCUGGUUACAGACACGAUUCUACAUCACAUAUCAUCAGUGGAACUCCAAACCAGAGUUUGUGGUUUGCACUCACCGCGUCAUUAGUUAUUCAGAUAUAGUUAAAAAUGCAAAACAAGAUGGAGUGGAAGCAGACGCAUUGUGUGAAGUGGAUACAAACCGCGGUGCCGUAAACGACACUCCAUCGGAAGACACCAUGGUGACCAUGUCACCUUCAUACAUGUCGGAGGCCAGUGAUGCCUUCAAUAACUACCAUGUGUCGCAGCCGGCGUCGGUGAAAUCAGCGUCUGCGGGCAGCACAACGGGCACCGUAGCAACCACCGGCACUGCGGCAACGGCGGGGACUUCGUGGGCACGCAACUCGCACACGCGCUACAACGCCGGCUCCGACACCGCGUCGCUUUCUGGAGAGUCCAGGUCCUCGCAAAGGAACAACAGCUCCCGCGAGAUACAUAAGACUUCCGAGCCCGCCUUGGUACCUCAACAUGGAAUUGGCGCACAGUAUUUGGAUCCAGCCCCAUAUGUGAGCAGCUUCAGCGUACCUGGAGUACUGCCCUUGUCUCUUCCACCCUUACCAGUCCUUGUAUCACAAGAUCAAGCACAGAUGCAGUUGCAGCGGAAGCAUGAGGAACUGCAGCAAAUGAUCGUGCAGCAACAGGAGGAAUUGAGACAGGUUAAGGAACAGUUGCUGUUAGCAAGAUUAGGAAUGCUGCAACCUGUUAUGAGCGGUCAAAAUCCUUAUGUGACUGCGGAUGUGAUGCAAAGUCAACCGGCGCAAAUAGGAUAUGAUAUAGACCCUGCUCGGCCUUCAGCACCAUAUCCGCAGCAAAAUCCGCUUCAUCCACAGCAUCCGCAGCAUCCGCCGCAUUCAAGCCACCAUCAACAUAUGCCAUAAUA